CAAACCAGCGAUGUGUCAUAACCUGAAGUGAUGUUGCCUUUAACAACAUUAUAUUAAUUGUGUGUUUUAUUUAGACAAAAGUUGAACAGUUUAAUAACAGUUUGCUGAAUACAAGAUAUGAAUGAGGACCACAUCGUUUUCUCUCGAGGUCCUGGCCCUUCUAUUCCUGACGCUGAUUCCUUGGCCGGGACCAUCCGUCUUCAAAAUUACCUGUUCACGUGACAAUUCGAAAAUUGUGAGGAAAGUGAUACAGAACAAAUGGCUUCCAGUCCUCGAAAGAUUUAAGGUAAAGUUACCACUGGAGUGCCCAUUUCACGCCGCGCGGGACAUAUUCGCGCCUCACAAUGCCGCGAAAUUGCAACACCGCUCAUCGCAAUGGACGUGCGCCUUUUGUGGGAAGUCCUUCUAUGAGGAGAGACAUCUUGACGCACACUUUGACCAAAGACACAAGAACUUGAUUAAUAAGGCGGAAGAUGCGGUGUGCCUUGCCGACUACUGUGACAUAAUGCGAUGUCAGGUGUUGAUAACCCACGGGCUGCUCAGCGGCGGGGCUAUCCCCAGCACUGAUGUGGAGGUUUGGCAGGACGUGGAGACAGCGCGGAAAGCGCUAGCCCCGGCUGCGACUAGGAGUGUGGCUAAGGUGCCUGCGAGGCGCCGACACAGACGUACUUCGCCUCCUUUACCAGUUUCUGACUGUCCACGAACAGAACCUGAGAAUGAGGACGAAGAUUUGACAGGUUCAGAGGAGAAACGAAGAGAAGAGAGGGAUGACGGCGACACGAAUCAGACGUCAGAGCUGUGUGACGCAGACACUGUGGAAUCAUCUCUGCCUCCGGAUAGUCGGCAGAAGACCCUGGCAGACUUACAAGCCGAGCGCGCUGCCUGCGACCCCAACAAACUUCAAGGACUUAAGGUGCGCUGUGAGAAGAUCGUACAUUCCUGCAUCGCGACACUCCUUCUACAUCUCACGCAGCCUCAGUUUACAGAACUCGAAGAGGAGAUGCAGCGUGCGGUAUGCUGGUACCUGAGUUGUGACCGGUACUGGGAGGACACCACUCCUGCAGCCCGGGUGUUCCCGUGGCCGCUGCUCCUGGCGCUUGCUACCGGUCUGGCACUCGCCCUCUGCAUGUGUUACUACAUUAUAUGGAUCGUUUUCGAUUCAGAAGAAGGCAGUGUAGCGGGAAGUGCAUCAGUUUCCAUGACAACACACUCAUCUCCCACGCGAGGGGACAGGUUAGGAGGAGACGACGCCAUGUUGGAUGACGACGACCACUACAUAUACGUCACCUACCCUCCAGAGCUGAAGCGAAGGCUGCUCGAGAGCUGCUACAAUAGAACGACACGUCUGUGAGAGAAGUUGAAGUCAUCCUGCAUGAAAUUUAGAGAUUAGUUAUUUAGUAAGGUGAUUUGUAGAGCGUUAUCUGUACCACAUACGUGUUUUAGUAAAUCCUGUUUAAGGACAAGUGUAGUUAUGUGAUUCCUUUGUUGAAGGAGAACUACAAAAGUAUUUUCCUUCAUUAACGCGAGUGUUACACAUUUAAAUGAAACACUUUUUUUAUGUUGUCCACUGUGUUUUUAUAUUAGAUUACAAAUUAAUUUAAUGUAAAAACAUAGUCACAAUUACACGCGUUUUAAUCCUUUUGAAAGUGUUUUAUUUACAAUGACAACAGUAGAUACCAACAGAAUAUAUUCCGCACAAAAAUAAAGGUUAUGCUUUUUUGAACGAUUAAUUUAUUAUUAACGGUACUUGUUCAAUCAAUCUGUUUUCACCCACUUCUUUAAGUUUUUGUAAAGUGAGCUUAAAUUAUUUUAUCGAUAAAACUAAGCGCUUGUCCUCACCAUUUGGAUGUGGGGAAAUCCUUCACAGGGCGGUUUUCAAAAAACAUUCUGCCACUUACAAAACUGUGAAAAAAAAAAAACCAAAGCUCUUUUAAUUUCUAUGGUGUUGCCAAUGUGUAGGCGGCGGUGAUCACUUAAUACUAAUCGGGUGACAAGUCCCCUCGUUUGUCGCUCUCUAUCUAAAUAAAGAGUUUAUUAAUAAGAUAAUACGAUCUUAUACAAUUUGUUAUUUUAAAAUGGAAUCCCUUACUUCUGGAUUACUUAUUUUUAAACCAAAAUUUCUGAACAAUGUUGCGAGGUUUGUAUGUCCAUGAGAGUUGAACAAGACAUAGCAAGAUUUGCGAUUCAUGCGCCACUCUAAUGGUUGGCUCAGUUAGUGAGAACGAUCUUACAAUUUGAUUAUAUAAUCUAUAUUAUAAUAUUAUGUUGGAACAGUCCAAAGUACAUUAUUGUUCAUUUUACUAAAGAAAAAUUAAUAUUACGUUAAAUUGUAUUUGUAUGGUACAGAUAACGAUAAAAAUUUAGUGCUACAAACAAUAACACAAUGCACAGUCAUAGAUCAAUAAUAUAAAUAAUUCUUAUAUAAUUUUGUGUGAUUGAGUAGCACGAUUUGUAUUGGUACCUAACUACAGUUUGAAUGAAAUAAAUCUAACAGUAAUAAGUUACCUAUUUGUAUGGAUUUUUUGAAAUACUUUCUGAUAUUUUUCGUAAAAUGCAAAAUCCGUUUAUUAGUUAGGAAGAUCAACAAUAAUGUAGCGAUGAUUGACUUACAAUAAACAACUAUACUAACAAUUACGCUAAAAAUUGUCUGAGGCAAAACUCUGCCGACGCAACCAUUAGGCAGAGUUAUCGUUCAGUUGUGUUUCAACCGCGCUUUGAAUACAACGCCACGCAAUGACAAAGUGUUUAGUGAAUAUAAUAUAUAUCAAAACUUAAAAAGGAUAGUGUCAUAUUUCAGGUAAGUGCCCUUAAAUUAACAAAAUUGUGAACUAACUUGACGUUUUUAAUCAUUUUGCUAAAUAAUUACAUUUUAAUUGCUAAAACAGAAUGUUCUUGCCUCGUGUUCGCGUAUGUCUCGUGCGUGACGUAGUGUUACUACUUCCAAUGAGCCACAAAAUAAGGUGUUAUUUUGAAAGAAUGUUUAAUGUUAUAUGUAUAAAUUAAUGACGUAUACGCAUAUACAACGGCGCUCGGACAUUUUUGACGACCUUUUAAUAAGCGAUUGGAAGUCUAGUUGUUUAUUGUACGUCAAUGGUGGCGAUUUUAUUUUAUUUAGAGUAGUAUGCUUCUUAUAUUGGUGCCUAUUCUGUACUUCGUAAAUAUUAGAUAAUUCCUGCCGAAAUGUAAAUCCGCGCCUAUAAUUUCGUUAGUAAUUAUUUUUUGAGAAUUUUACUUAACUAUGCUUACAUAUGGAUUUUAUUUUAAAUUAUAAUUAAUAUAUUGAUACAAACCAUGGGACCUAGAAGUUGAUUGUGCCAAAAAUGGCGACAUACCUACCUAAUAUUAUACCUUAGAUCAUUUAUACGCCUAGACUAUGACAGCUGUGAAAACGUCAAAAAAAUUGAGACUAACAGUUACCUCUAUUUUGAGCAAAGCACGCACACUAACACAAAAUAAAAUACAAAUCGCGAGUGUAAGACGUAGCUUGUCACGCAAACUAAAGAAAUGAGCACGGCCUGUUUUUUUUAUUGUCUAGCAGAGACUAGACUCUAGACGUAUAAAUUAUCUAAAUAUUUAUACCCGUUACAUUUUUAAGCUACACUUUUUUACGCUUAUUAUUAUGAUUCACCUUAUAAGAUAGUAAAUUAACGAAAAAUUACAGUGUGACUUCAAAAAUUAUAAAACGCAAGAUUUAUUUAUAGCGGGGUUUUUCAAGUGUGUAUUAUAGAUAUCGUCUUUGAUGCCUUGAUAAAGCUGAACGCACAAUAAUAAAAUAAUCCUUAUAUAUUAUAGUAAGGCCAACGAGACUAGAUAAAGAAUGAACACAAAGUUUCAGGGGUUCAAAACAUUUUUAUUUGAAUAAAUUAUAUGUAAAACUUAUGGAUUUGAAAUUGCUCUGGUCUAUAUUAAGCAAAGAUGAAAAAACUGAUUCGUCUGAAGAGUUCGAAUCAGCCCUAUUUAUUAUAAUACUAGCUGACCCAGCAAACGUUGUUUUGCCUUAUAAAUUAUUUUAAGAGUUAGACCGGUUCUUGGACAUUGCAACAUAACUUUAUUUUUCUAAGGUAAAAGAAUUUUUCUAAAAUAAACGUAGCCUAAGUUACUCCUUAUUACAUCGGCUACCUGCCCAUAAAAGUCCCUUCAAAAGCUAGCCAUUUUAGAGAUGAGCCGGAACAAACAGGCAGACAGAAAAAUUGUAAAAAAAUGUUAUUUUGGUGCAUGUAUCGUAUAUAUAUUUAUAUACAUGUAGUAAAAAACGGUAUUUCAAUAUUACAAACAGACACUCCUAUUUUAUUUAUAUGUAAAGAUAAUUCUGUAUAAUGUAUCUCAGUAACGGUCCAUUUGUUUACAUUCUUUAUUUCUUCUCGUUGGCCUUAGUACAGUUAUUUUUCCUUAACGAGUGUCUCAAACUUAACGUUCAACGCAAUUGAAUGAUUAUUCUCAUAGACAAAGCGGUUCCGCCAAUACAUUUUAAGCGCAUUCACCAAAACUGAGGUUUUAUGUCAUCAACAAUAGAAUAAUAUUAUAUCAAAUAUUUGUCAAAACUGUCAUAGAUAAGUAUGACAAAUCAAACUUCUUAUACGUCAGUAUUUCUAUUACGCAAAUGUUUUGAGCUUUCUUGGGUGUUAAUUCCGCCAAUUCGACACGUAUUUCGCCUCUGCACGAGGCAUCCUCAGGAGAUUAUGACGAGACUUGAAUCUCGUGCGAGAGUUUGGCGAAACACGUGUCGAACUGUUUGAAGACACAUAUUGGCGAAAAUAUUGAAGAAAUCUCAAAACAUUUGCGUUACAAUAACGCCUAAUUCAAUAAAUUAUCUUAUUUAUGUUACGAUAAAAUAAAACUUUUAUUAAUCUUAGUAUCGAUAAUUACGGAUAAACUUAGGAAACACUGAUACUCAAAGCUUGGUAAUCUACUUUAACGUGAUAGUGGCAAAUUUGUGGUAUGGAAUAGGAGACUAAAGAUGAAAUUAUAAUUCCAAAAUUCGGCAGUCAGCAUUUAAAGGCGAUAACACAAUAAUUUCUGUUGGUAAAAUACGAAUUUAAUCUAAAAACUCGUUUUCAUGUGUAAACGUAGUUAGUUCUGAGUGUUGUAAUCGCGAUCUACUUCAAUGGUGAAAUCAGCCCUUACCGGCCUCCAGUAAACCUGUGUCUCGGUUAAUUUUGUAGAUACAAAUGUUUUGUGUCAAGUUUUAACGUAUAAUAAUCCACGGGCGUUCAAAAUGGUGUGCGACCAUUUAGAGGAGACACGCCAAGGCGUCAGCAAAGCAAGCUCGCGAAACGAUUACCUUACUUACCUUAUUAGAUUAUCAUGAACUUAUUUGCUAGCGCUUCUUCACUUUAUAAUUAUUGUCAUUUUUAAAUUACUUUAACAGAGCCUAAUCUUAUUGAGUGGGCGACGAUUAGGGUUGCCAUAUACUAUAUAAAUAAGAGUAUUGUGAUCUAAUUCGUGAUGGUGUACUCUAUAAACCAUAACAUUAAUAUAGUAUUUUUUAUAAUAAUAGACAUAUUAUUUAUGUACUUAUUGGUGCCCAAAGCCACAAAAAAUUGGGAUGUUGCAAGUGUGAAAAGUGGGAUGUGACAAUUUUUGGAGGAAAGAAAAAACCUCUAUAAAAUUUAAUAAUUAAUGAUAAUUAAUCUUUACACUUUAUUUACACUUACUGAAAUCAGACAAAUUCUGAAUUUUCAAGAAAAAAUUGGCAACCCUAGAGUGGAUUUUCGUUUUUAAUUAUUAUUACACAUUUUGGAUGUAGUCUGAUUAGUUUGAAUAACUUGAAUACAAUGUAUCGAUGUUCAAAUAAAUUAGUUUUCAAAUUAUUAAGAUUUAGCCUUAGAUAAUUUAUAUGUCUAGACUCUAGAUAGACCGUGACAGCAGUGAACACGUCGAAAAAAAUAGAAGCAAACUGUUAAACUCUAUUUUCAGCAACGUGAUAUACGCAUCUCGAGUGUGAGACGUAGCUUGUCACGCACACUAAAGUAAUGAACCUAGCCUGUUGUCAUGCGUUGCCUAAAAACAAGAGACUAUAUCUAGACGUAGAAAUUAUUUAAUGAUAAUUAAAGUUAAUUAACAGUAACAUUGCCUCUGUAGGUAUUCUUAUUACUUCGUCUAAGGAAGAUAAUAAUUCUAUACAUACAAUCAUUUAAAUUCAAAAAUAUUAUAAAACUAUAGGAUUUUUUUUUAAUUUCUUGAUGAAUGCAAUAUUCAAAACUUUUUUCCAAAUCCUACCUUAUACCUCUUGUAAAUAUUAGAAAAAUUGAUAAAUAUUGUGAUUUUCCACGCUUUCAGAUUAUUUUUCUUUACAUAGUGAUAAAAUUAGAGGCAAGAUAAAUGCUUUGAUGAGACUGAACAACUCAUUUAGGUUAGUUAGUGUUAUAUUUAAGGAUACUUUUAAUAAUUUCGCAUAAACUAAGAAACUAACUGCACAAUGAUUUAAUGUAAUUAACGAUGUUUGUUAAAUAAAGUAUUACACAUUAA